CAUCUGCGCUUGGUUGGUCCUGAAAAUAUGUAUCGGCUUCGGGCACCUCCGUACAAUCUACAUGCUGCAAUCGUUCGUGUCUUCGACUAAAAAAACGCCUAGCCGUUAUCUAAACACAUGCACCGAAGCCAUCGGCCAGUGAUAACGAACAGCUUUAGAUACUUAUCUUUUAGGCGUAUACUGUACCGUCAUGGAGAAUGGAAAUGUAGCUGUCUAGCUAAAUUGCUAACGCAGAGGACCCAACACCAAACCUUCGUAUGGAGAUUAAAACGGUUAUCAUCAAUCUAAUCUAUCAACGGAGGACAUUCAACCGUUUUGGGAUUUAUUCACUCAAGAAGCCGGUGUGAAUCCACAUAGCUACAGGAGCUGUGUCCCAGCAGACGUCUAGAGGCCGUGCGCCAGACGUAUCUGACUAAAGAGAGGAGGAUCACCAGUGACACGCCAGCGGGAGUGGAGAGAAAAGAAAGACCGUGCCUAUUGGAAAACCUGUUGGAUUUAAACUCUUUUUUUUAUUACAGAUUAUCACAUUGCUCUCCUAACUGCCACACUCCCCCUUUACACACACACACACAUACACACACACACACACACACGCAGAAUCACACACACUCCUCUAGAAGUAGCCCUAGAGAGUCACAUAAACAUCUCACAGUCACUCAGACACGCCCUCCGAGACCCAGAGUUGCUUUCCAGGGGUCGUAGUGGGAGGGUGUGCCCCCCCCCCCCCCUCUCGGUGCACUCCGCUGGGGGACGGAAGUAGAGGAAUGGCCCUGGGGGAAUGGGAAUGGCUGGCUGGCUGCCUCGCUCAGUGAGACGGCGGCUUAUGUAACUAACGGCCCUCCUCAUCCUCCUCUCCUUGGCUAGCUAACACAGCUGGGCCUUGGGUGUCUACAGACACUGGGGAGGAGCUCUUCAUCAACCUCCAUUAGGGAGAUUCAGCUUCCAGCUUCUAAUCUUCAGGCCCUUCCUCUCUGGGCUCAAUUUCACAUUGCUUUUAUUUUUAAAUAUUUUUGUUUUUGUUUUUCUUUAACCAUUUUUCAGGAGGAUCUUUCAGGGUGUUUUGGAUAUGCGCCCCCUCACGGACUACUGCAGGUUACAGGGACACACACAAUUUGACCUGCGUACACGUCUUCUUCCACCCACACCUGUAGCAGGUGGGAUCGACCUCUGAGGCUUCCCGCUCGUCUCCCGUUGGCUCAGGGAUGCCCCGACCAGGAAGAACAAAGUCUGAGCGUCCGCCUACGAGCACAUUGGCGUUUUGAAGACGCUGUUUUGGACCCGAAGGGACGGCCAUUUUUAUUUAGUGAGGAAACUCCUUGACUUCCAGAGCAGCGACAGGACUGCUCGAUAUUAGUCUCCGCUGAUUUGUCGCUCUUGUUCUGAUGAUGUUUUGUUUUUCCCGUCUCCUCUGAGGAUUGAGCCAGCCAGGGAGCAGAAUACACAGAGACACGAAUCCCACUUGGAUACAAUCAAAGGCCAUUUUGCUCUCCUUUUCUCUCUCUCUCUCUCUUUUUCUCUCUCUCUCUCUUUUUCUCUCUCUCUCUCACUCUCCCCCCCUUUGUUUACCCGUUUACACAUUAGACCAGCUACAGUGAUACCUUUCCAUCGAGGCAGAAAAUAAACUGUUAAGUUGCGAUCUUUUUACGUCUUGACCCGCGUCAAAUCCCCAAAAAAACCUUGCAAUCGAUCUCUACCUCUCGAUCGCUCCAUCCCCUUUUGACAACAUCUGUGUCCGAGCCAAAUUCAUACUCAGUCGGUCUAUACCACAGACAGAAUAGGGUACAGACCCGAACAGGCUACAGACUGAACCGUACAAUCUACAGACGGAAGCAAUCUGUCAUCUUCGUCUGGAAGGGGAGAAGGUUAUUGGGUCUGAAUGUCAUUGAACUGAACCAGAGGUCGUUGAAAUCUUAAGUUAUUGAUGCGGGCUUUCAUUGAACAGGGAACGUAUAGCAGGUCAACCGAAGCGAUCUGCCUCAUCCUCUGUACCUAACUGACAUUUUGAUCCCUCAAAGUUUUUUAUUUUUUUUAUUUUACCGUUUAUGAGUCUAAGGACUAGAUGAGAGUGAGAUUGUAAUGAAUAAAGAAGAAAUGUACGUUUUUAAAACGGCUUCACCAAAUCAUAUACAUUCUGCUUUACUGAGACAUCCUACUUCUUUUCUUUAGAAAAGGGAGGGUCCAGGAUUUUUCUAAACCACACCGACACAAUCAAGCCAUAUCACAGCUUUUAUUUUUUAUUGCACAAUUUUAUUUUUGUAUCGUACAAUCACUACGCCUUCAAUUAAGUUAUUUACCUCUCGCAACGCGCACAUUUCUUGAAAUUCCUUUUAAAAAUGUCAAGAUAUUUACCCAAAUCCGCUGUAAGGAACCAUUGUUAAAGACGAAAAGAGAAACCAAGCAAUUUAAAAGUAUCGGCCCAUAAUUGAGCACAACUUGUCGUCGUCCUCCAAUAUAAGCUCGAUCUUAUGAGAACACGUCUUUUAAAUAGUGGCUCUGUUUAGCUUCAUGUUCCAGUCUACUUUUAUGUUGACCUGUGUGUUGUCCGGAGGACAACAAAACAAAAGGCCUUCUAGUGGAGUCUCUUUAAGCCUUUAGCUGUCAGAGUCCAUCUCAAUCAAAUCCCCCCCCCCCCCCAUCUGUUUUAUCUCCCCCUUUCAAAUACCCUCUAUCUCUGUCUUAUCUCCCCCUUUCAAAUACCCUCUAUCUCUGUCUUAUCUCCCCCCUUUCAAAUACCCUCUGUCUUAUCUUACCCCCUCCUCUCAGACAAGGCCGAAGGUCAAGUCGAAUAGACGUCCCACAACUUGAAGCAAAAGGACAGAGUUGUUUUAUGAACACGCGGUUUAGGGAGGGCCGCUCUACCCUUUCUUUCUCUUCAUCCCCCUCUUUCCGGUGAACAUGCAGAGGCGUGGGUCUUCUCUCGCCCUGGUCCGAUUGAGAAGGGGACUCCUCUACCUCCCUCUCUAACCCCGUCAAUCCCUCUCCCUCUCUCUCUGCCCUUUCUCUUAAUCUCUCCCUCUUUAUCUAUAAUCCAUCCACACACCCCAGACAAAUCCCCCUCCCUUCCCUCCCUGAGUAAUCCCCUCCCCUCUCCCCCUGUGUGAUGCCGGGCAGCAGUAAGAGUGGGGGUGUGGGUGGCCUCCCCUCGCCCCCCCACACCCCGUCCCGGCCACUUCGCCCGUCCCGCUACGUGCCCGUGUCGGCGGCGACGGCCUUCCUGGUGGGAUCCACCACGCUCUUCUUCUGCUUCACGUGUCCAUGGCUGUCGGAGCAGUUCUCGGUUGCCGUGCCGAUCUACAACUGUGUCAUCUUCCUGUUCGUCCUUGCCAACUUCUGCAUGGCCACCUUCAUGGACCCGGGCAUCUUCCCCAGAGCGGAUGAGGAUGAGGACAAGGAGGAUGAUUUCCGCGCUCCGCUCUAUAAGACGGUGGAGAUCCGAGGCAUCCAGGUCAGGAUGAAAUGGUGUUCCACCUGCCGCUUCUACAGACCGCCCCGCUGCUCACACUGCUCCGUGUGUGACAACUGUGUGGAGGACUUUGACCACCACUGCCCGUGGGUGAACAACUGUAUCGGCCGGAGGAACUACCGUUACUUCUUCCUAUUCCUGCUGUCCCUGACGGUCCACAUCAUGGGAGUGUUUGGCUUCGGCCUGCUCUACGUCCUCUACCACACACAGCAGCUGGACAGGGUCCACUCUGCCGUCACUAUGGCAGUGAUGUGUGUGGCUGGUCUCUUCUUCAUCCCGGUGGCUGGUCUCACUGGCUUCCACAUGGUACUGGUGGCCCGGGGACGGACCACCAACGAACAGGUGACGGGGAAGUUUAGGGGAGGAGUGAACCCUUUCACUAAUGGCUGUUGGAAGAACGUUUCUCACGUGCUCUGCAGCUCCCAAGCGCCCAGGUACCUGGGGAGGAAGAGGAAGCCUCACAGUGUGGUUGUCCAGCCUCCGUUCCUCCGGCCACAGCUCACUGACACCCAGCUGGCCGCCAAGGUCCUCGACAACGGUAUCCACGGAGACCUCCACCGGUCUAAGAGUAGUCUGGAGAUGAUGGAGAGCCAGUCGUGCGAUGCGGAGCCCCCUCCUCCUCCCAAACCGGAGCUCAGGUACCCCGCCCUGUCCAGAGGCCACCAGGGACAACACACAGAGGAGAGUAGUCUUCUGAACAAAGCCCCGCCCACACCCACCAUGUAUAAAUACAGGCCGGCCUAUAGCAGUCCAGGAAAGAACCACACUGCCCUCACCCAUGCCUACGCCAACCAGAUGAUUCGAGGGGACAGUCUGAAGGAGUCGUCUUCUCUGCUUCAGUCCAGCCAGCAGCCUGGCUUCCGCUCUGAACCCAGCCUGGAUGGGAGAGAGGCCCCAGGGGAGAGAGGGGGAGGAGGAUUGGGAGGAGGUGGAGACAGACCUGGAGGAGGGGGGGCACCAGGGUCAGGGGGUGGCGGUAUCCCCGGUUACUCCCUAGGGGGACGUUCCUACCCCUCCUUUUCAGACCCAACGGUUCUAUCUUCCGGUGGAGGGGGAGGUGCUUCCCAUUCUUCCAGCGUGCGUUCUGGCUCCGCCCACAACGCGGCCCAUGUCUCCGAGGCGACAACCUCCACGAGCUACAAGAGCCUGGCCAAUCAGACGCCUCCUCCGCGCAACGGCAGCCUAUCGUACGACAGCCUGCUCACGCCCUCCGAGAGCCCCGACUUUGAGUCGGCUGCACCCGACAUGUCGCCCGGGCACCACCGUACCCCGGCCCCACCCCCCAUCCUGGGGUACUCCUCCCCCUACCUGUCGGCCCAGCUCAGCCAGCAGAGAGACGCAGAGCUCCACCAGCCCUCCGCCUCCUCCGUAGCCCUCCUCUCCUCCCCACACCGCGCCCACUAUCUCCAGGAAUCGCAUCCCCACUCCCACCACUCUCAGCCCCCUCCCUCCUCCGCGGCCCCCCAGCCCCCCCACCCACACCACCAUCACCACCACCACCACCACCACCACAGCAGCCACAGCUCCAGACACCCCCGCUUCUCCCGGCCCCCGCUCCUGUCCGACUCGGCCGCCCCCCACCAUUACCCGUACCGCACCCGCUCCACGGACACCCCCCUGGCCCCCUCCACGCACCCCCCGCGCUCCCCCCAUCCCCCGCCGCUGGGGAAGUCUCUGUCGUACUCUUCGGCGGCGGCGGCGGAGAUGCAGUACCGGAUGGUGCGCAAGGCGUCGGCCUCGGCCGGAGGGGAAGGGGCGGGAGGGGGGAUCCAGGCACCUAAGGACGAGAUUCAGAUGAAGUUGUUCAGCCGGACGAACGGGCAGCCCAGGUCCUCCCUUUCCUCCUCAGGCUCCACCCCAUCCUCCCCCUCUCACCCAAUCAGCAUGUCCACUCGCCCCGGACAGGCCUAUCCCAGCCCUGGAAACACCCAGAGCCCCGCCCACAAGCCGGGGGGCGGGGUGAAGAAAGUGACGGGCGUCGGCGGGACCACCUAUGAGAUUUCAGUGUGAGUUUGACAGGCGGCCACUCCGACUAAUGGCGUCAGGGGUUGGAGGUGAAGGAGGGGUCAGAGAUUGACUGAUGAUAUUUCUGCCUCUCGGACCCUUCAGGAGAGGAAAGCUUUUAAUAGGCAGACGUUUUAAAAGUUGGGUGAUGAGGAAGAGUGAAACGACAGACUUUUCUUGCUCUUCUUCCAAAUGCGAUGGACUCCGGACUUCCCCUCUCAUUCAGAGACCUCCAGUCAAGGAACUACAGAACUAAUCGGGAGGAAGUUGUUUAACCAAUCACAUUCAAGAACACAAUGCACCAUUAUGACAUGGUGGGUUUACGGGCCCAGGGAGCCAAUCAUAAGAGGUGGGACUCUUUGACAAUCCACCAAUUUCUGGGCAGAUUGAACUCUGUGGGAAUGAUUGACUGACAGUUUCGACUGGGUUUGCCUUUAUUGGAUAAAACAAGGAAGAUCAACAUGGCUGCGUAUACACAGGCAGCUCAAUUCUGAUCUUUUUUUGACCAAUCAGGUCAGCUCUGAGAAAGUAAAAGGAUCUGAUCUGAUUGGGCAAAAUACAUCUGGAUUGGGCUGCCUGUAAAAACAGCCCAUAUUUAAAAGAGAGAAAAAAAAGAAAGAAAUGUACUUUCAUUCAUUCAUAAAUGUGUAAUGAUUCAUUCUCUGUACAGAAUUAUAUGGUUUGGAAUUUAUGCUGAUUUCCUCCAAUCAGUGGCAUUUAAAGGUGACUGCGGCAUGCACCGGCCACUAUGGACCACUGUGAUUGGCUAGUGAUCACGCUGCCGUUCUCUUUCGACCAAUCAGAAAUGGAGAUGCUAAACUGUAGUAGACAGCAGGAUCAUUGGAGUUUUUUUGUUUGUUGGUUGGCCUGGUUCCCCGGGUGGGUGGAGAUUUCACUUAAGGACCAAUGGAAUGAUAAAAAAAAUAAGAAACUCGACCAGUGACACAAUCAUCGGGUCUGUACAUUAAAGAUGGAGCAGCCUUUUCUAAACAAACUUUGGAGCAAUGGCCUUGAUAAUCGAGGUGUUUUUAAUUUUAUUUUACUUAUUUAAUUUCAAAAUGUUAUUUUAUAUGAAUUUAUAUAUAGCUGUUGAUAAGAUUUUUUUUUUUUUUUUACGGGCUGAUAGGGUUUUUCUGGUUUGAGUUAAUUUCAGAAUUGUAACCAAACAGGAAAAAAACUGUUGCCGCGUUCAAGUGCUAGUCGGAAUUUGGACAUUUCUGACAUAUUAACUGGUUUUAGUUAAACACGUGCCACGUUCAACCAGUUAGCAAGUCGAAAAUGUCCGUUUCCUAGUUCCGACUAGCACUAGAAUGCGGCUCAUUUGGAUUGAUGGCUGCACCAGCCAAUCAGAGGCAGAGUUUUGAGUCUUCAGCCAAAGAGAGGAGCUGGACAAUUAUAUGGUUCAGCCAAUGGGAACCAAUGUAUUUGAUAAAAGAAGGCGAUGUAGCAUUUUUAAAGUCCUUUGAUACACAGUAACCACUCGACUUCUCUUGGGGCAUAUUUCAGAAAUACCCUGCUGUACUUUCUGAUUGUUUACUUCUGAGCUUUGUAAUGGGUGUGUCUGAAAUGGUACCCUAUUCACUAUAUAGUUCACUACUUUUGACCAGGGCCUAAAAGACUCUGGUCAAAAGCAGUGCACUAUGUAGGGAAUAGGAUGCCAUAACACACACCUAAUGUUUUGUUUUAUUGGUCCGGAUACUGACAUCUCUGGUUGCCUUCCACUAGCUGACCUAUUGAGAAACUAGCGAGGAUCACAUGCUUUGGCGCGACCAAUCCAGAGAGAGCAAGAGAUUCAUAUCAGCCUACUCUUUUAUUCGUUAAUGGUUUAAACCAAUGACGAGCAGCUGAAAGUCAGUAACAUCCUUUUUAUAUUUAAUUUGUACUUUUCUUUUUUUUUGCAAGAUUUUAAGACAAUUUACAGGGCAUUGCUUUAGACUGACAGUUUGUUUGACCAGUCAGGAGCGUAGAAUGAAACGAAAUGGGAUAGGACUAAAAAAAAGCACGUCGCCCAAUGAGAAGGCAAAUAUGUUUGACUGCCAUCAGGAACAGCCAAUGCCCUUACAGAUGAUGUUUAGACAAGUACGGGCCCGGGACUUGGGUGUUUUGAAAUGUAAAAAAAAGAAAAAAAGUACUGUAUAGCUCUGUGUGUGUGGGCGUGUGCAUGUGUGUAUGUGCGUGUGUGUUUGAGCAUUGGUAAUAAAGUAUUUAAA